AUGCUUAAGCAACAUGAAGCAACUGCUCGUAGAGCAAUCCGCAAGUACGAACAAGCAGGAAGCACUGCUCGGAAGGUGGGUUCUGGUCGCCCUAGAAAAACGUCUCCAAGAGAUGAUCGUUUCUUGAGAUUGCGGAUUUUACGGAAUCGAUCAAACACUGCGGUAAAUGUUCAGCAAGAUCUUCGCCAAAUUCGUGGUGUUGCAAUAAGUAAGCAGACGGUAUGUAGACGUCUAAAAGAAGUUAAUUUAAAAGCUAGGAGACCUGCAAAAGGUCCUAAAUUAUUGCCCGAACAUCGUGCUGCUAGAAGAAAUUUUGUUCAAAAUUAUGGAGAAUGA